AUGGGAACCCUUGUUAUCAUGUGCUGUACUUUUCUCUGUCAUUCCGAUUGGCAUGCUUGGUACUUUUCUGAGGUGGGAAGUAAAGGUGAAAGAGCAACCAGAAUACCGGAUUGUGGAGAUCUAUUUCAGGAGGGCGGAGUACAAGAGGCUGCCUUUGCUGACGUGCUGAGCAGAGGAGUGGCUACACAAGCCCAGUUUGGGCCGUUGAAGAUUGUGCUGCACGGUCUAUGCCAAGUCACUCGAUAG